AUGCGACCGCGCCAGCCUCACCGUCAGCGACUUCCUUCACCCCACGCAAACUGGUCUGCUGGCCCCCGAGAUGGUGGUGGGAUAUCAGAGCGCCCUCCCCCUACGCCUACUGAUCGGGGGAGCCCCAGGACCCCUCUAGAUGGCCCGUACGAUCAUUAUGGGGGCUACCCCGGUGGCCCUCCUCUUGGGGCCCCCAUUUACCCGAUGCGUCGCUGCAGUGAGAGCCCGGGACAUCCCCUUAUGCGAAUGGCGUAUUGCGGAAGGAGCGGAGAGAGAGCGGGUGUUCCUUCGGGACACAGAGGGCAACCACUGCGUUUGUUAGAGCGAAGAAUGCCGCAGAGUCCCCUAGAGCAGUUGCAUGUGCAGCAAGAACAGCAGUACCACGCGGAAGUGCGGAGGAGGCACCCUUCUGCUUGGCUCGGCCGCCGCAGGAGCAGCAGCAGCAGUCGCAGCCGCAGCAACGGCAGCUAUGUGGCCAGUAGAGGUGCUUCUUCAGUCCUGUCUUUACGACGCGGAUCGUUCAUUGAGAGGGACAGGAGCCGGAGCCGGAGCGUUAGCACAAUAAGUGUGAAUGAAGCGUCGGAUUCGCCGCGAGAUGAUGCAGGCUGCUCUUACGAGCAGCAGGAACAGCGCAGACGACGCUCGUGGCAAGAUCAUCCUGGUGGAGCAGCCACAGCCGCCAGCAGCCGCAACAGGCCACCCGAGGGGCCAUUCAGAAGAUCUUUAUCAAGAGCAAGUGAUGUCUCUGCUGUGUCUUCAUGUGAAUCACGAUCACGACGGCGCUGGCAUCAGCAGCAGCGGGGGAUGGUGCUACUCAUGCAUCCUUCAGGUCCCCACAGCAGCAGCAGGUGGCAUGCGCAACAGCAGGAGAUGCUGCAACGGCAGUGCCAACAAGCGUGGCAGCAGCAGCAUCACAUGAUGCUGAUGCAACGGCGUGGCAACAGGUGCAGCAGGAGCGUCAGCUCUUGUCGCUCGGUUUCCCCUAGCAGCAUCAGCAGCAGUGGGAAUCGGCCGCAGCAGCAGUGGCGGCGCGACUUAUCGCUGGACAGGCGACGGCAUGCGCAGCAGAAGCACAGAAUGCGGGACCGACCAAUGGUAGCAACAAAAGCUGCGGGUGGAGCAGAACUAAGCAACAGGGGUAGCAGAUUGCGCGAUGGCGGCGCGAAAUAUAAAGACAACAAGGCAAGUGGCGUCAGGUAUACUCCAAGCUGUAGCAGCAGGAGCAAAGGCCACGGGGACACCAGCGGCAAAGAACCAUGCGAGGCUACAGCCGGCGUUGCGCCGACGACGAGAGUUGACGGCAAGCCACAGAAAACACAAGAGGCAGCUCCAGUGGCAGCUGCUGAUGCUGACGGCAGUGGCAGCAGGCGCAGCUGGAGCAGAAGUAGUUGUGCUGGCAGCAGCAGUAGCAGUAGCAGCAGCAGCGCAAGCAGUAGCUUGACACGGCAGCCCAGCAGGCCAGAAAGCAAUACAGACGCCACUAGCAGAAGCUUGCGGAUACCUGAAGGCAGUAGCGGCAGUGUUCGUGAGUCAGCUGGUGAGGCUAAGUCAGCAAUAGACAGCAGCGGCAGCAGCAGCAGGGGGAGCAUCGCCCCGAUUGGCAGGAAGCGCAUAGCUGAGGAACCACAUCUCGCUGAUGCGUCUGGUAACCAGGAAGAGCCUGGGAACAGCAGCAGGAAGCGACCUCGCAUAGCCGGAGAAGUAGAGGAAAGAAACGCCAGCAAUAUCAGCUGCGGUUCCAACAAUGGCAUGACGCACAGUAUUUGUAGCACGGAGUGCAAGCCUACCGAACAGUUCCGGACUGCUGCAGCAGCACCAACAGCAAUGGCGAGGAGGGCAUGCUCAGAAAGUGCCAGAGACGGCGCUCUUGGGGUUGGCGGUAGCAGCAGUCGCUGUAGCAGCAGCAGCAGCAGCGGAGUGAACAGGGAGGAAAAACUGCGGUGGAGGCAACAGUGUUUUUAUGAAUUUAAAGCAGCGCUGAGUAGUAAAACAAACAGUCCCGCGUCUCCAGAAACAGCAACGCCUGCGGGUGCUACGCAUGCUUGUCGGGAUGUGGAGGUUCAACAGCAGACGCAGCAGCAGACGCAGCAGCUGCAGCCGACUACUGCAACCACGUCGGCCGCUGCUACUCCUCUGAUCAACGGCACGCUGCGUGAUCAUUUCCCUAGUACCAACAAUAAAAGUAGCGGCGGCAGCGAAAAUCAGGCCGAGCCUCCCAUCUCUGGCGGCAGCGGGACGCCUAGCGUUGAGAAGCCUGAUGUGUCUGUAGCAUCAGCCGGGGCUGGCACAGAAAAAAGGGCUGCGCACAGACCAGCUGUAGUACAAGUAGCAGCGGCAUCUCCAGCAGCAGGACCAGCCGCAAGGGGCCUUUCAAAAACGUCGGGAAGCAGAUGGGACAAAUGCCCUGGCGGAAAGGUCAAUGGGUCCUUGCCUCUGGAUUCGACUGCUGGUGGUAUGUUUGCAGCCACACCAGCAGCGCCAGCAGUGUGUAACACCAGCAGCAGCGGCCGGACUGAUCAGCAGCGGCAGCAAGCGGAAUCCGAUGAAGAGUACGCAGUGGAUUUGUCUCGCUGCAUCCCACGGCCCCUGCCUUCGCGUCUGGCGCCACCCCUCGGAUGCUCCUAUGAGAACCACAAAAGGUUCUUGUCACUUAUCAGGAGUCGGCGCAACCUUGGGAAGCAGUGGCGCCUUUCUGUCCUAGAACUGCACCAGAGGCAGACGGAAUACUUGCUACUCCGCAUCGACCACACUGCGGCCGUCUUGGCGGAGCUUGAGGUGCUGCGACGGCUGCUAUCGGAAAGUCAAGCCACAGCUGCAGGAGGUCAAGCUGCUGAAAGCGGUGCUCGCACUGCAGAGGGAGCUACAGCGGCAAUUUGUUAG